AUGUCAGUUCGUAGAAGUUCUAUAUUGAAGCAAACUAAUGAUGGUACCUCCAGUUCCUUCGAGACUCCUAAAGUUAAUGUUAGAAGACGAGUUAGUUUUAGCAACCAACGCCUUGUUCAGCAUUUUGAUAAAACUGACGUCACUAUUCAAUUUGGCACUGUUACGGAAGAAAUGGAACGUACUGGAUCUUCGGGUUCACCUAAUUUAACGCAUACAACAAGUUCUUUCUCUCAGCCACCGACUGUUUUCACAACACCUGAGCGAUCUUGUGCCCGUGGAUUAGACGCAACAAGUGAUGUUUUCGAUGAAUCAGUUGGGAAUAUUUCAUUUGUCAGCACCAAAUCUAAUUAUACUCCUGUUAGAAACACAACAUUAAGUGUCUUUGAUUCUUUUGAUACUCCUCGCGUUCAAGUUUUAGAUAAGGAAGAUUUUGGCGAAGAUAUGGAAAUUUCAUUUUCAAAAUCAGUUUUGAAGACACCUAUGAAGACAGAUGUUUCUGAACAAGAGAACACUAUUGUAACGAAUUUGUCUACAGUAUCAACUAAAGAUGAGGUUUCAAUUAAAAAUGAAAACAGCACAGUUGUAUCACGAGUAAUAACACCGGCUGUGAACAUUAAUUUAAAUGAUACAAAAUUGUCAACUUCACGCAAGAGACUGGCAAAUUCUUAUAUUUAUAGGGAUUCUCCUACUUUUAUUCCAAAUGAUGAUGGUAAUAAUGUAGCUUGUUCAACGAGAAAUGUAACACCAUUUAGGAGAAGAAGUCUUACUUCAUCAAUAUCUCGUCGUAGCAAUAGUCUUCGUAGAUCUCUUAUUGAGGAAAUGUCUUUCUCUGUCGAAGGUGUACCAACAACACCAGCAAGAGAAAAUCUUUCAAACACAUUAGACAUAGAUGAUAUUAAAGAUUAUAGUUGUUCACAGUCUUUCAUUAAUCUUGUCACACCUGCUAGAAUUCCUCGUAAGGAAUCUAUGAAAUUAGAUAGUCCUGCUGGUGAUAUUUUUGUUCAGGAUUCUAGCAUAGUUAAUAAUUCAAUGGUACCUGACAAAAAAGAAGAGAUUCAACAAGAAUUGGAUAAAACAAAUGUUACUGUUGGCGGAAAGAGUAGCUGUUUUCUUGAUGAAUCAUAUAAUGUUGUUUAUGAAGAUGUUUUAGAAGUUAGUAGAAAUAACAGCAUUGGUGUUAUUUCUAAACGUGAUUCUAAUAUUUCUCAAAAUAAUAGUUUUACGUCAUUAAACAAAUUAAAGGAUUUGGAUAAUUCUAUGAAAUGUACAUCUAUACUAGAUAAUUGUGAACAAAAUCUUACUGUUACAGACGAUCAUCCAAGUUUUUUGUCCGCUAAAUAUUCAGAGUCGAUGGAAUUUAAGCAAGACGGUUCUGUUACUAUGAACAAGACUACAUCAACUGCUGUUUGUUUUGAAAAAUCUGAUUACCAUGAGGAUAUGACAAGCAUUGUAAAGAAUUCAGAAACACUUACUCCUAUUGUUGAGGAAGAAGAGUCUCAAAUAUUCAACAAGACAGUCAACAUAGAUGAAGUAGUAAUGCGUUCUGAGAAACUUAAAGAUAUUUAUGCUAGGGGAUUGGAAUCAUCAGAAGACACAAAUAUGGGAAGUCAGGGGAGUGAUAUAUUUAAUGAAACAUCUGGUUUCUCAACUGAUGCUGAUAUAUCAAUGUGGAAUCAAAGUGAUCCAAUUGUUUAUUCUAAAAAAGAUAUAGAAGAAAAUAACCAAGAUGAUAAGAAAUCUUCUAAUGAAAAGAAGGAAGUGGAUUCACAAAAUAAUUUAAGCAUGAUGGAUGUAUCAAUGAGAACGAUUGGAAAUUCUUCUGUACAUACUGAAUCAUGUAAUAUAGAAAAGAUUGUUGAAGGUCUUUGUUAUAUAGAUCCUUCUUUUUCUAUUGUUUACAAAGAAAACUAUAAAGAAUGUGAUAAAAAAUAUCAAAUUCAACUCGCAUUAGCUUUCAUUCAAUCAAUAUUAUAUAAUGAAUCAUUUCGUCAUCCAUCAUUAAAGAACUAUGUUGUUGGAUUUGAAAAAUAUAGUUUCUUGAAAAAUCAUAUGAUCAAAACAGAAGUACCUUUAGAUUUGGACGAUUUAUUUGAAAAAGUAGGAGAAUUAGGAAAUAUUGGUGAGAUCAUUGAUGACUUUCGCCGAAUAAAUUUGGAUGUUUAUACAACUACAGCUGAUCAAUUAGAAGUGUUUUUUGAUUCACUGUAUGAAAUAUAUUUUCUAUUACUUGACCAUAUCUCUAUCUACCAGAAGAAAUUAUUGGAAGAAAAUAAUAAUAUUGGUGUUAAAUGUUCAGAAAUUUUAAAUGAAUUAAUUAGUUAUAAGAAAUUAUAUGAUGAAGAGGUUAUAAGCACAAAUGAAGCCUUAAAUUAUAUUGUUUCAAAGUAUAACUUGUAA